AUGGUGCGGUCUGUUACUGCGCAAAAGGAUAUACGCGGCACAACGGCAUUUGCACAGGAACAUGCGCAGUCACACAGUGCGACGGUGCACCUCUCUCACCCUGUCCUCUCUCACCCCUGUCCUCUCUCACCCUGUCCUCUCUCACCCCUGUCCUCUCUCACCACUGUCCUCUCUCACCCCUGUCCUCUCUCACCCCUGUCCUCUCUCACCCCUGUCCUCUCUCACCCCUGUCCUCUCUCACCCCUGUCCUCUCUCACCCCUGUCCUCUCUCCACCCCUGUCCUCUCUCACCCCUGUCCUCUCUCACCCCUGUCCUCUCUCACCCCUGUCCUCUCUCACCCCUGUCCUCUCUCACCCCUGUCCUCUCUCACCCCUGUCCUCUCUCACCCCUGUCCUCUCUCACCCCUGUCCUCUCUCACCACUGUCCUCUCUCACCCCUGUCCUCUCUCACCCUGUCCUCUCUCACCCCUGUCCUCUCUCACCCCUGUCCUCUCUCACCCCUGUCCUCUCUCACCCCUGUCCUCUCUCACCCCUGUCCUCUCUCACCCCUGUCCUCUCUCACCCCUCCCCUGUCCUCUCUCACCCCCUGUCCUCUCUCACCCCUGUCCUCUCUCACCCCUGUCCUCUCUCACCCCUGUCCUCCUCUCACCCCUGUCCUCUCUCACCCCUGUCCUCUCUCACCCCUGUCCUCUCUCACCCCUGUCCUCUCUCACACCUGUCCUCUCUCACCCCUGUCCUCUCUCACCCCUGUCCUCUCUCACCCCUGUCCUCUCUCACCCCUGUCCUCUCUCACCCCUGUCCUCUCUCACCCCUGUCCUCUCUCACCCCUGUCCUCUCUCACCCCUGUCCUCUCUCACCCCUGUCCUCUCUCACCCCUGUCCUCUCUCACCCCUGUCCUCUCUCACCCCUGUCCUCUCUCACCCCUGUUCUCUAUCUUUGUAUCUAG